UUACCAUUAAACUGUUUUGUCAUCUCGUCUCUUUACCUCCUCUUGAAUCGAGCAAAACAAAAUAAAAGCCGGAGCUUUCCUCAUCUCGUUCUGGUUUCCCAAUCCUAGCAAUAUUCAUUUGCUUUCAAUUACCCAAUCCAACCUUCCUUCUUGGAUAAACCAGCAUUCAUUCCCUGGCAAGUGCAACUUGCUCUUCUAACAGAUCUGUUCAAGUCUCGGUUGCCUUGAGUUGUAUGUUUACCGGUUCGAGAUAUAUACACAUUGAUGACCACACCCAUUGUCAGUUAAAUUGUUACAGUUAACCCAUCUGAUGAAUUAGUCAAUGGUUAAUCCCAUUCUGUGAAAAAAGGAAAAGUAAAACAAUUAAUAGAUUGUAAUAAAUGGAAAUGGCAAACAGUGAGAUAACAGCUCUUCCAGGCUGCUAUUUACUGGUAAUCUUAGGUGAACCACUUUGUGAAAAUCAUAAGGAAAAGAUACUUCAACGAGUGGCUAAAGGCCUAUUAUCAUGGAAUACCGAAGAGACUCAAUGUGAUUUGAAACAUUUAGAGCAAGUCUGCGAUAAUUUGAAAACCAGUCAAAAGUCAUCUGGUAAAACAGAACUUUUACUUCAACAUUCAACCGAUAAACUUGCUGUUGAGGUUUUAUUUAAUCCUCAGAUAUUCACCUUAAAGCAAUGUCUUCGCAAUUUACUUCUCUCACCAACUGGCCACAAGCAUGUUAUUCAUGCCGGUUACUCGUUUACUGUAAGUGGAUCAUGGAUAUUACAGGAUGGCAUCUUUCGAUUUCACGAUUUUGUCGAUGAACUGAGUGAUCCUGGUGUAACCAAGGUUUUAUCCCUUUACCCACCUGGAUGCUCGCUCAAGAUGCAUCUUCAUUGUUCACCAACUGGUGAUUGGGUUACCAAUAACCUGGAGAAUCAGGCUUUCUCUCAUUUCAUGCACCUUUCUCUUAACCCACCGGACAGUCCAAAUGGUGUUCCUGGAGCCUCCAGUUUAUUGGAGUUCAUUGAAGGUUCUUUGGAAACUCUUGAAGGAGAAGAGAAACUGGAACCAUCGCCAUUGAUUGGUAACAUUAGAUUUGAACGACCCACUAUGUACAUUUUUCCUAGUGGUCAAGGUGACUGUUCCCUUUUUGGUGUAACUGGAUUCACCAUGUUGAUUGAUGGAGGUUUCACACGAUUCCCUUGUUUUUGGAAAUUUGUUCGUCAUAUUGAACGCCUUGAUUCCAUCAUGAUAACUCGAAUAAACGAGUCUAAUCUUUGGGGAAUAUUGUCUUUGUUGCGUGGUAAACAAGAGUCCUCUUUGUAUCUCAAGAUUGGUUAUGUUUUCUGUAACAUUGUUGAUAAAUCGAUUAAUAGUUCAGAGGAAGGCGUUAACAGUGAAAAUGGUGGAGUUGCAAGCAUUCAAUCGAACCCAAAUGAUUUAACAAUCAGUAUAAUUGAAGUUGGCAAUGAAAUAGCCUCUAGACUGAAACGGAUUGGCUGUAAUCCUCACCAGUGUCUUCGAGAUCCCACUCCAACACAAUUAACCUUGUACCACAAGGUUGGCCAUGGAACAUUGGAAAUGUUCAUUUUGAGUCCACCUCGAGACAGUAGAUUGUUGAAAGACUUUUUGGCUCAUUGGAGCUCAAAUAAGGAUAGUCUUCCGGUUGUGAGGACUCGAUCAGCUUGCAAGAAUGGUGGACAAUCAGGUCAAGAUAUAGCCAUUCCAAUUUCUGAUGUCAUGUCCAUUUGUUGUCUCCUCAUUUGGAAGCCUUCUAAUCCCAAUGAUAGAAUCACGCGUAUUCUGUUCCCUGGAAGCGCUCCUCAGAGUCAAAUAAUGGAAGGCUUGGCUUCACUCAAAGAUUUGGAUUUACUUCAGAAAAGAGUUUGCACAGCAUCUUCUCUCAAACAAUCGAAAAGUAAAUCAACUGUUAAAUCAACUGUUCGAAUCUCUGAGACUAGUUCUUCAACUGCUACUCAAAAGUUAUCUACUCGUUACAGAUCAGUUUCUCCAUCCAUGAGAAAAACUCGUGUACCUUAUGCUAAACAAUCAUCCACUGAAGUUGGUGAUAAAGGCGGUGAUAGCUCUGAGUCACAAUCAUCACCAGUGAAACGAAAGUUAAUCCCUGCAACAAACCAUCAAACAGAAACCUCAAGAGUCACUAGAGUGUCGACUCGGGAAUCUGUUAAAAAGACUGCACAUGAAGAGAAAAAAUCAGCUAAAAAUGUUACCGAAAAGAAGGCCAAGACUAGAACUAGUAGCACAACCCGAUCAACAACAAACAAAGCUACUUCCAAACCAAGCUCUGAGCCUACUUCAGAAGCAAAUGAAACACCAAAAGCUCGUCCUAUCACAUCCAAGCAAGUGCGAGCUCGAAUCAACAGUAGACGUGUUUCUGAUAAAACAACCAGUGAAAAUGACAAUGAUACGAAAAAGGAGAUCCAAAGUUGUACUGUAACAGCGGAAAAUGGCGAUUCUGACUUUAGUGAUAAGAAGCGAGAAACUGUAGAGGUUUGCAGCGAAGAUGAUCAUCGAGAUUCUGGUAAAGGUUCAGAAGAUGCAAGUCCGAAAAAGCUGCCGUUCCUUGACCAUUUACGAGAUGAAGUUGAACCAGACUCAUUGGAAUCCUAUGAAAUUUAUGGAAAUGUUGAGAUUAGUAAAGACUCUUUGGAGCAUUCGGAAGAUGAAGUAGUCACUGGAGAUAGUCGAUCAACAUCUCAGUUAGAUCAUAUGAUUUCACGUGAAGAUGAUGAUGAAGACAUGAAAAGCCGAUCAUCACCAAUUCAAGAAGAUUCAAAUUUACAGUCAGCCAUGGUCUCUUCUCUAUCAUCUAAUAUGAGUGAAAUGACUAUUAUUUCUGGCGAUAAAAAUGAUGACUCGGCUUCUGAUUUGGAGGUUGCCUCACUUACUUCACGAAUUAACAACAAUCAGAUGUCUAGAUCAAUUGAGAUUUCUCAUGUUGAGGGAUCUAGAAGAAAGUCAACCGACUCUAACGGAUCAUUCAGAACAUUAGAAGCAGAAAUUAAGGCUGCUUGUAUGGAAGAAGAUCGUCAAUCUAUUGGGUCAAGUUCCAGAAAAAGUUCCAUUCUAUCUGAUGCAGAUAAAAGAAGAGAUUCAAUUGUCAAAGAAAAUAUUUUUGCAUCAGAGACUACUUCACAUGGAAAGCAAGAAAUAGAUAAAUCAACGGCUUCAGAACGUAGAAGGAGCUCAAUUAUUGCUGGUGAUGAUGCUUAUCGAAGAGCUAGCAUCUCAAAGGAAGGUGACAAAUUGGAAAGAAAACUUUCCAAAUCAAACGAAUAUCAAAUUGAACAGGAAAUUGAAGAUUCAAAAGUUGAUUCAUUGGAAUUUAAAGAAGAAUCGAUUGAAAGGUUUUCUGAGACGUUGACUCAGAAUGAAAUGCAAAUUAGUAGUGAGAAGAAAAAAGACUCUUCUGGUUCUCUGGAGGAUAAAUUACCAAAAGGAUCCAUUGAAGAAGGUGAAAGCCUAAGAAAAGAUUCCGUAAGAUUGUCUAUUGAUAAGUCAAUGGAAGAGAAGAAAAUUGAGGAAUCAACAAUAAAAAGUGAAAAUGAAACCAGUGGACAGAAUGAUAUUGAACCUAUUGUUCCGGAAAGCAAGGAUAAUGUAAAUGAAGCUGAAGUAAUUUCUAAAGAAACGGAUAUUGAUUCAAAAGAGAUUUUGUCAACUGAGAAGGAAAAGUUACUCAUAGAUUCUUCCAAAUCCCAUUCUGAUGUUUCAUCUGAGUUAUUAUCACAAAGUCGAUCAGAGACAAGCUUGGACAUUGAAUCAACUAAGCAAACAGUUGACGAUAAAAACAAAAUGGUUCAAUCUGCUGACCAAUCUCUAACACAUGGCAGUGAUGAUAGAGAGACAAUGGAAUCAGUUACAGAUUCCCAGCAGAGUGUAAUUGCAAGCGCUGAAUCAACUUCGGAAUCAGAAAAGAAAAGGCAAGAGGAAGAGCAAUUAACAAUAAAAACUGGAGAAACAUUGCGAAAAGAUUCCAUCACUUCGGAAUCCAAAGCAGAAAGCCAGGUAUGUGAUGAAAAUGUUGGUGCAUAUAAAAUAAAUGAAGAACAGCAAAAUUUGAAUGCUGAGAGUGCUUCUUCAAUUGAAACAUCGAAACAAUCGCAAGUUAUUACUUCGGAAGAAAGUGAUAGGAAGAUGUCUGGCGGAAUUUUGUCAUCAAUAGAAACUGAGAAUAAAGAUUUGGAUGAUAAAUUGGAUACAACUGUAGGUGAUUAUAUUAAACAAGAUUCAUUCGCAUCGAGAAAAGAAUCUAUCAAAACUAGUGAUACAUUUUCUUCAAGUGAACCAGCUUCUGAUAAAACAAAGCCUGAGUCACGAAAAAGUUCAUUGGCUUUGGAUGAAACUAAACAACAAAUAACUUCUACUCCAGAUGAAUAUUCAAAUAUUGAUGGUGAUUCUAGACAAUUUCAACAUUCAUUUACUUCACAAGAUACAGAAAUAAAAGGCUCGUCUCAAACUGUUUCCUCUGAUAAAAUCAUAGAAACAAAGGAGGCAAGCUUGAAGAGAGAAUCAGUUUCAGACGUCUUCGAUUUGGAAAGCGAAAAAGACACAAAAAAUAUAGAGAUUGGAUUUGAUGAGGCUGCGAAAACCGAAUCUUCAUUGGGUCAAAUAAAUAGAAAAGAAUCUGUCCAAUUGGAUAAAGAUAGAUCAAGUAUCUCUGGUGAUUCUCGUAAACAAAGCCUUACUUCAGAAGCUAGGAAAUCAAUUGAUUCACCAUUGAGUCCGAUUGAUAGAAAAGAAAGCUUUACACAUGAAGAAUCACAAAUCGGCAGAAAAGAUUCUGUCCAGUUUGAUUUCGAUAAAAGCAAAUCUGUUGAUUCCCGUAGAUCAACUCAAACAGAAAUUCAAUACAAUACUAUGGCUUCAAUGGAAAGUGAUGCAAAAAUUUCUGGUCAAACAUCGUCAUCUAUACAAGACGAAAGGAAAGAAUCUGUACAAUUAGAUCAAGUUAGAUCAAGUAUCUCCGAUGAUUCUCGUAAACAAAGUCUUAGUUCAGAAACUAUAAAAUCAAAUGAAUCGUUAUUGAAUCAAUCAGAUAGAAAAGGAAGCGUGCAAUUAGAAGACAAAAUUUCAGAAGGUGCCACAAAUGAUGAUCGAUCGUCAUCAUCGCAAAUUACAAGAAAAGAUUCUGUGCAAUCUGAUUUCGAUCAACGUCAAUCUUUGGAUUCCCGUAGAUCAACUGAAACGGAAGUCCACUAUAAUACUGCUACUUCAAUGGAAAUCGAUUCAAAAACUUCUGGCCAAACUUCGUCAUCUAUUGAACUCGAAAGAAAAGAUUCUGUUCAAAUGGAUGAAGAAAGAUCAAGUUUAUCUGGAGACUCUCGUAGAUCGACUGAAAUCCACUAUAAUACUGUUACUUCAAUGGAAAGCGAUGCAAAAUUUUUCGAAGAUUCAUCAUCACCUGCGCAAUCUACAAGAAAAGACUCUGUUCAUUUGGAUAAAGACACAUCUAGUAUUUCCGAUGAUAAACGUAAACAAAGCCUUACUUCAGAAUCAAUUGAAUAUUUAUUUAGUCAGCUAGAAAGAAGACAAAGUGAGCAAUUAAAAGAUGCUAAAUCUGAAAGCGAAAAACAUGGAGAUUCAUCGGUGUCUUUUCAAACUUCUCAAACUAUAAGAAAAGAUUCUGUCCAAUUCGAUUUAGAUAAAUCAAAUGUAUCUGGUGACUCCCGUAGAUCAACUGAAACGGAAAUCCAAUACAAAGCUACUAAUGAGUUGGAAAAGGGUACAGCAUCUUUUGGAGACUCAUCAUCUUCGCAAAUCACAAGAAAAGAUUCUGUCCAAACGGAUAAAGAAAGAUCAAGUAUAUCUGCUGAUUCUCGUAGAUCGACUGAAACAGACAUUCAAUAUAAGACAGUGGAAAGUGAUUCAAAAGUUUCUACAGAAACAUCGGCAUCUUCGCAAAUUACAAGAAAAGAUUCUGUCCAAUCAGAUAGAGAACGAUCAAGUAUAUCUGAUUAUCCUCGUAAACAAAGCCUUAGUUCAGCAACUAGGAAAUCAAUUGAUUCUGAUGAAAUCAAAAGAAGAGAAUCAAUCUCACAACAAGAAGAUAAAGUCUUCACUGAUUCCGUUCCAGCCAGUCCUUUAACCAAACAUCAAGAUAAAUCAGAUGAAAUUAUACAAUCAAAUGCUAAACAUGAAGAUUCUUCUAUUGGAGUUGUAGAGACUACAGAAAAUAUUGAGUCCAAAAAUACUCAACAAUCUAAUUUAUUAGAGAAAGUGCCAUUUGACGCAGAAAAUCUCAAUCUUUCAAAAUCAGAAUCUACUCUUUCUGACGAUAAGAAAAGUCAUGAUAUUUCUGGUCAAUUAUCCUCAACAAUUUCAUCCGCAUCCUCAAAUGAGAAAUCUGAUGAGCAAACAAAAGUUACUAUGAGUGAAUCGAUGAGAAAAUAUUCACAAAGCGAAUCUGAUAAUAAAUUUUACACUACAAGCGCAAUUAAAUCCAACGAUGAAACUGAAAAUAAAUCAAUUACAGAGCAUCGUAGAAAGCCAUCCAUUGAUAUGACUGCAAACAAAUUAACAACAACUACAGAUUCAUCUUCAACUGAAUCAAAGACUACAAUCACAACUGAGCAAAUUAAUUUCGGUGCUAAUAUGAUUGGCAGCUCUUAUCUCGGUUCGGAUGCUAGAACCUCAUUUAUCGAAACAAAUAUCCAAAAAGAAGUUGUUGAUGAAACAAAAGCAAUUGUAGCUGAAAUUGACGAUGCAGCUAGAAAAAGCAUGUUAGUUGAUAAAUCUAUUUCACUCGACUCAAUCGACUCAACUGACUCAAUAAAACAAUCAACUGGUGAUAAAGUCACAAACAAGUCAACAACGUCUGGCAAUACUCUGGUUCAAUCCGGUGACUCUUUUGCUCAACAAACAAGUGAAUUAAAAAGAGAAUCUUUUUCCAAAAUCGAGGCUAACAAUCAACUUUAUUCAACUUUAACUGAAUCCUUCGAUGACAUCCAAGUAGACUUGCAAAGUACCAAAAGUUCCAAUCUGACUUCGUCCAAUUUUUCUGAUGCAAAGUUUUUAAACAAAUCCGAAUCAUUGUCAUCAGAAAACGCUACUCACAGCACUAAAUUUGAUACUGUCAUGUCUAUUGACGAAGAGACUUAUUUUUAUCUUGAAGAUUCUGAUUCAUUAGCUCAAGAUGGUCAUUCAAUGGCAUCAAUAUCAUCAGACAAAAGAGUAACCAAAGAGGGUGAAAAUAAUAAAAUAACUCUUUCUGAAACAUCAGCUUCACACAGCUCCACUACUCAAAAACAUGAAGACUUAACCUCAUCUACACCAGAAACAAAGCUGUUUAAACUUUGCGAAUUCUCGUCAUUUUCGGAAGCUGAACAACCAGCCAAAACUAUCGAAACUAGUCAAAAAUCUCAAAUGGAAACGAAAGAUUCAAAGUUGACUGAUUCAUCCCAUGAAAGUCGUGUUGAAAAAGACGGCAAUAAAAUUUCAGGAAACUUAGUAUCCGAUUCUGUCCAAGAAAAAAUGAUUAUAAAGUCAAGCGAUGAAUCAGGUUCAACUGUCAUGAUAGAGGAAAGAUCAAGUAUUGAUUAUAAGCCAUUCACUUCCUUUUCUGAAUCCUCUUUCGGCUCAUCAUCUGCAUCAAGUAGAACAAACCAGACAAAAGGGAAUUCAGAAAAUUUGAUGAGUUUGAAAGAGGAAAUGGAUAAAUCUAGAUCUUCGAGUGAGGAAUCAAAACUUAAAACCUCUGACGAAGCUUUAUCAGGGAAAAUUUUGAGUUCAUCUGUGUAUUCCGGAGCAUCGCACUACACAGAGGAAGAGCAAUUUGAAUCGGGAUAUGCACCUUUUGCAAAAUGUGUUGGUAUAAAGAAAAUUCCUUCUCAACCUGAACCAGACUCAUGGACUAACGUGGUUUCAACGACUAAAUCAUUUACCGUUGAAUCAAGUGAUCAAUUAGAGGGGGAAGAUCGUCAUCAUACAAAGCAGUAUGAAGUCGAUGAAGGGGUCGAAGAGAAAAUGAAAUCACCGACAUUAUCUAAUCAAUCGUCUGCCAAACUCGUAUCUCCAACAUUAUCACCACUGCCUGGUCAAAGCUUUGAUAAAUUAUCUCGUGAUAUUGUUGACAAAGGAGUUUCUUUAAGGUCCAUGGCUGCAACUGAAUUGGCCUCUUCAAUUGUUCACCUUGAAACUUCGGUAUCCAAAGUCACCACUAACUUGAAUUUACCUGAAGUAAUUAGUGAAGAGGCAGGCAGCAAAGGGGAAGAAAGUCCAGAUUUAUCGUCUCCUAAACAAUCAACCAGUGAUUUCAUUGCCAAAGUUGAAACUGCCCCAGGAGCAGGAACAUUGGCUACAACAUUCCCAACAGCAGGGGAAAUGCCUUCCGUUCAUUUACGCCGAUCAGCACAAAUGGCGGGUCAAGUUUUGUACGAGGUUCCAGACGAGGAAGAUAAUGUAGAAUCACCUUUAUCAGAAAAGAAACCAGUCGGCCUUGCCAGGGGAACCACCAGUUCCGUAGAGUUUCCCGAGGUUCUUCACAUUUCCGAGGAAACUACACCUUCAACUCCGUCAGAAACUCAAUCACCUAGAGAUGCAAAAUCCUUAACUCAAACGACAACGGUUACAACAACAUCAAUGGACAUAACAUCACCUGAAGAUUCAAAGUCGGGAUUGUGCUGUUUUCCGCGGUCUAUUGAGUUGGAUGGAAUCAAGAAGGGAAAGGAGGAAAAAGUGACCUCAAGUACCAGUGAAACAACCACUCGUGUUGUAACCCAAUCUCAGAGUCUAACCGAGGAACAGAAGAAAGAGAAAGAAGCAACUCUCAAAGAAUGGGGAACUCCUCUUGGGCUUCCAAAGCCAACCGAUGCAAAUGACUCUAAAGGAGCCAGAUCAGCGUCCAAAUCUCGUGCUAUUUCGUCCGAUAGAACUGGUGCUUCUCGAAGUUAUUCUUCUCGUCGUUCUGGCUCAUCAAGUGACAUCAAACCAAUUUACCUUGAUUUGGCUUACAUUCCUCAUCAUGGUGAUCGCCAUUACUGUAAUGCUGAUUACUUUAAGCGAAUCCGAGCUCGUUAUUAUGUUCUUAGUAGUGUUAAUCCAUCUAAAGAGGUUUUGGAUGCCUUAAUUGAAGGUAAAAAAAGUUGGGAAGAUAAAGCUGCUGAGGUAACUCUUAUUCCAAGCCAUGAAACGGAAGCUUUGUGUUUAUGGAUGGCAACUAAUCAGCAAACAUUGGAAGAUCUCAACAUUGAUGUGGCUCCGUCAGCUUCAAGAUGUUCAGUCAUCUUGCAGGAUCAAGAAAGCAGUUGCUCAGCUUAUCGAGUUGAGUUUUAAGACAUUUAAGUGUCUUGUUUACUCGAUUGAAUCUCCUUCCCAAUCAAUCCCUUCAUGAAGUGGGAAGAAAAAUCAAGUAAUUUCUCAUUUAAAUAUCGUCAGAUGCUUUGUUCCCCAGUCAUACAAUUAUCAAUGAUUGUUAUCAUUAUUGUCGACAUUAUAAUUAUUAUUAUUCUUAUUCUUCUCAUUAUUAUUCAGACAAUAAUUAUUAUCAUUAUUAUUAUUCCCAUUAUAAACCUCUUUUGGAGUUAACUCAAUGGCUUGGAGAAACAGAUUGGCCAAUUGAUGGUGGAUCAAGAUUCAACUCUCCUGGUUGAUUGAAUUGUCGCUGCUAGCUACAUGGAGAUGAAUCUAUCUAGUAUUAAUGAUUACUAGGUGUGAAAUCAUUAACCAAUAUUUGAGAUACGGUUGAAUCAGGGUUACAUUGAAAUCAAUCUAGGUGAUUGUAAUUAUGUGAUCAGAGGUAUCCUAUUUUGCAGAUAUUAGUGAUAAAGGGUGUAACGCGUAAAAAGUUUAAAUUAUCUAAGAUUGAUAAGAAUGAAGAUGAAGAUGACAAUGAUAAGAAUGUUGCCGGACAGAGAAAUAGACACAAAAUGGACAUUCUUAUCAAUGUCCUCUUCGUCUUCAUUCUUAUCA